AUGGCAGAAAAUUUCGAAGAAACCGCUCCAGAUAGUCAGGUGAUGACUGUACAGAACAAUUUUGAAGAAAGUCUAGAUGGAAAUCCCAAAUUAGGUUCAUUUGUUAAUAAGAAUGGGCUGUUGCUUAAGACAUAUGCGUGGUUAGUUAAGUAUCCAAUAGGUAUUAUGAUAUUAGUGCAUGCUUUAAAUUCUCAUGUUCGUUUUGAAUAUUUAAAUCAUAACGUAGAUAUACAAAGUAAUGAUAAGGUUGUAUUAAAAGAUGCGGACAACUUUUACAUAUACAAAGAUAGCUGGGUAGAGCAUUUAAAUAAACAGGGGUUCUCAGUAUAUGGAUUAGAUAUGCAAGGUCAUGGUGAAUCUGAGUGUUAUCAAAAUGUAAAAACGCACAUAAAUGAAUUUGACGACUUCACUGAAGACAUAUUACAGUAUAUGAACAUAAUUCACAAUUCGCUAUCCCAGGAGGAGGAUGAGCAUACAGGUAGCAUUGGAAGUGAGACAACAAGUGGACUAAGUAGCAACGGAGGUUAUCUUCCAAGUGAUCAAGGAAGUACUGGAAUUGAUGAAGCAGGUGAUCUAAGCGGCAUUGGAAGUGAAGGAACAACAAGUGUUCAGGGAAGCACUAAUGGUAGUGACCUUCCAAAUGGUUGCAGCAACAUUAGCUGCAGUGUUAAGGGUUCAAAGAAGAAGGUCCCGCCGUUCUUUUUAAUGGGUUUAUCAAUGGGAGGUAAUGUGGUAUUACGAACUUUAGAACAAAUUGGUAAAUCUGAGGAAGAUAGUGAUAAUAGAAAAUUAAAUAUAAGAGGAGGUAUAACACUAGGUGGAAUGAUAUCAAUUGAUAGUUUAAAGGAAAAACCUAUUUUUAAAUACUUCUACUUGCCUAUAUCUAAAGUAGCAAAUUAUGUUUUCCCAACUCAAAGAUUUGGUCCAGCCUUAAAUUUUGAGAUGUUUCCAUAUGUUAAUGAUUUAUAUGCUUUUGAUAAGCAUUGUUAUCCUAAGCCUGCAACUAAUAAGCUUUGUAAUGAACUUUUAAAAGCAGUAGACAACUUACAUAAUGAUAUGAAUUAUAUCCCUAAAAACAUUCCACUGUUGAUUGUUCAUUCAGUGUUAGAUAGUGCUUGUUGUUACAAAGGGGUUAAAAAUUUUUUCAAAAAAUUAGAAACAGAAAAUAAGGAAAUGUUUACUUUAGAGGAUAUGGAUCAUGUACUUCCCCUGGAGCCUGGAAAUGAGAGGGUCUUAAUGAAGGUCAGCGACUGGAUAACGCAAAGAGUGGAUGCAAUCCGCUGUGCAGAUUGCGAUGAUUGCAGUGAUAGUAACGAUGAUAAUGGAAGUGCUGCAUGUAGCGGAGAUGCCAGUAGUAUCGAUGAUAAUGGAAGUACCGCAUGUAGCGGAGAUGCCAGUAGUAUCGAUGAUAAUGGAAGUACCGCAUGUAGCGGAGAUGUCCGUAGUAGAAGCGAUAAUGACAAUGUUAGCAGCAGCUGCGCCGAAGACGAAGUCAGCAGUUGCGGUAACUGA